CCAAACUUCCUAGAUCUGGAUCCGCAGGGGUGGGCACCGGCAUCUCGUUCGAAAAAUAGCUUAAAUCUCUUUUACUGAGAUUCCGAGAUUGGCGAGGGGAAAGAGAGACAGAAAAACGAAACGGGAUCUUUUUUUUCUUUUUUCUGUUGCCAUUUGCGAAACACAGCAUUCAUACUUACCAUGCGCACAGAAGAUGCCUUCGGUUAUGCGCUGAGCUCGAAUCAAGCCUGGGCUGGUUACAAGAGCCAUCAGAACCCAGACUAUUUUUCCAAGCUCGCUUCGGGCCAAUCACCUACUAUCCUGUGGCUGGGUUGUUCUGAUUCGCGUUGCCCUGAGACGACGAUUUUGGGGCUGCAACCAGGUGACGUGUUCGUGCACCGCAACAUUGCGAACAUCAUCUCUCCUACCGACAUUAAUACGUCGGCGGUUAUCGAGUAUGCGGUCGUGCAUCUCAAAGUUAAGCAUGUGGUGUUGUGCGGGCAUAGCUGCUGCGGUGGCGCAGUCGCGGCGCUAAGCGACAACCGUGUUGGUGGUAUAUUGGAUAUGUGGUUGACGCCCCUCCGAGCCGUCCGCAAUGCUCACAGGGAGGAAUUGGAUGCUAUAGUUGACCAGAAGGAGCGCGCGAUUCGCAUCGCCGAGCUCAACGUCGAAGCGGGCAUUAACGUCCUCAUGGCCAAUGCAUCUAUUCAGGAAGCUAUCGCUGAGAGGGGUCUGCAAGUCCACGGCACGCUGUUCGAUAUCGGCACGGGACAUAUGCGCGACCUAGGAUUCGGCAAUGGUAAAGGGAGACACCAGAAUCUCCGGGGUAUGAACGAUAGUGCGAGCGUGGUCAGGGGCAAGCAUGCCAUGCUGGUCUUCGGGGCCGGAGGUGCCGGGGAAAUGCUGGCUCUUUAAAAGGCCACGGAGGCAAUGGAUUAGGGUUAGGUGGGCAUUUUUGAGCUUACUGUUUUUUAAGUAGCCAGGAGUUUCGGCUUCGAAUUCAUGUGCGGUGAAUUCGGUAUGGCG